AUGCAUCUUCUUCCAACGAUAGCCUGCCUGGCGGCCUGCAUUCCCACAAUUACCGCCGCCCUUUCAGUCCCGGUCAUCAGCACCCAUUAUGGUACCAUUCACGGUGGUAUUUCUCCUUUCCGUGGGGGAGACAAGGCCUAUAUCUACAAAGGUAUCCCCUAUGCCCAGCCUCCGACCGGUACAAACCGAUGGACGCACGUCUCAGGCCCCAGCUUCUGGGGCUCCCUCAAUGCGACUGAAUUUGGGCCACAGUGUGCGCAGACCAUCAGUGAUGCUGGUAUCUUCUCCAGCGGCAAGAACACUACUAGCGAGGAUUGUUUAUAUUUGAACAUUUCGACACCAGCCUACAAGGCGGGAACAAAUCUCACAUCUUUGAAACUGCCUGUGUUCUUCUGGAUAUACGGGGGACGAUUCGAGGGUGGCUCAGGAGAUGUCAAGACCUAUGAUGGAACCGGCUUUGCGGAGAAGGACAUCAUCGUCGUGACCAUCAACUACCGUUUAGGCCCCUUUGGUUUCUUGGCGCACCCUGAGCUCUCUGCCGAAUCCGGCAAGAACAGCUCUGGGAACUACGGUAUCCUCGAUCAACAGGCUGCUUUGCAUUGGGUGAACGAAAAUAUUCAAAAGUUCGGUGGUAACCCUGACCAGAUUACCGUUGGCGGACAGUCGGCUGGCUCGGCUAGUGCCCUUGAUGUGAUGUGGAGCCCGCUCACUAAAGGCCUUGCUGAGGGUAUCAUCUCCGAGAGCGGUGCUCGAGGAACUCAUGACCCUAUGACCGGUACUGAUGCGACCAGCUAUCGGACUAAGGUUGCAGCAGAGGCUCAGGGUGUCAAAUUCCUUCGUCAGAUGAACGUCUCAUCUAUCGCUGAGCUUCGCAAUGUUUCUAUGGAGGCCCUUCUUGAAUUUGACUCUCUCAGCGACACUAUUUGGGAGAACACCCCCCUGGCGAACCUGUCCGCUACCUUUAUGGAGCCCCCAAUGUGGCGUCCGAACAUUGACGGCUACGUCUUAACUCACAACUAUGGCCAAUCUCUACGCAAGAAUGACCAUAUGGAUAUCCCUAUCUUGACCGGAAACAAUAAGGAUGAGUCUGGUGCGAGUCCUACUCUGUCAUACACCGCCAAGGAAUAUCGCGAGCUCUAUACUCCUGUUUUUGGUGACCUCGCAGAUGCAUUCUUCGAGUUGUACCCAGGCAAAAAUACUAGUCAGGCUUCGGAAAGCGCUAAAGAAUUCUAUCGCGAUUUGAGCCGUGUCGGCACCUGGCGCUGGGCAAUUGACUGGGCCGCAGGCGGCGCCAAGAGUAGUGUGUAUACUUACUACUUCACCCACGCGCCUGCCGAAAACCGCGACGAGGGUGCUUAUCAUGGCUCAGAGCUUUGGUACACCUUCAACAACAUCCCCUACGCCUCCUACUCGAAUGUGACCUGGACCAAUUAUGAUUAUGUCGUUGAGAAGAAGAUGUCAAACUACUGGACUAACUUCAUUCGAAAUGGUAACCCUAACGGAAGCGGACAGCCGACAUUCAAGCCUACAACCAACGAGACUGAACAGACGAUGUGGCUGGGCAACUCGUGGGGCAUGGGGCCAAUCUCAAUGAAUGCCAAGCGCGUUCAAUUCCUUCACAAGUGGACUUCCACUCUUCCUGAGUGGUAA